AUGGAAUUUGGAAAAAGCUUCAGUCAAAGUGGGACACUUAGAAUACAUCAACGAACUCACACUGGGAGAAACCAUUUAAAUGUAUUGAAUGUGGAAAGAGCUUCAGUGAAAGUGGGAAACUUAGAAUGCAUCAACGAACUCACACUGGGGAGAAACCAUUUAAAUGUAUUGAAUGUGGAAAAAGCUUCAGUAAGAAUGGAGCACUUAGAAGACAUCAACGAACUCACACGGGGGAGAAACCAUUUAAAUGUAUUGAAUGUGGAAAGAGCUUCAGGCAAUAUGGAGUCCUUAGAAUACACCAACGAACUCACACAGGGGAGAAACCAUUUAAAUGUAUUGAAUGUGGAAAAAGCUUCAAUAAGAAUGGAGCACUUAGAAGACAUCAACGAACUCACACUGGGGAGAAACCAUUUAAAUGUAUUGAAUGUGGAAAAAGCUUCGGUAAGAAUGAAGCACUUAGAGUACACCAACGAACUCACACAGGGGAGAAACCAUUUAAAUGUAUUGAAUGUGGAAAGAGUUUCAGCGAAAGUGGAGCACUUAGAAUACAUCAACGAACUCACACAGGUGAGAAACCAUUUAAAUUAUUGA